AUGGCGCCCAAUAUGAAGAAGUCCGGCCCUUCAGCCCAUCCAUCCACCUCGAAGGAUCCACCGCCCGUGGCCUCUAGUGCCUCGGAGGGUGCGGAGGCGAGCAAGGACGUGGACGCUUCUGGGGGCGUGACUGGAGCAGGUGACACCAUCACCGCUCCCCCCGCGGUCGACACGGGGGCUGGAGAUGUCAGAGGAGAACAAUAUCAGCAACGUCUCGACGGUCACGCUCCACGAGGUGCGAACGAGGGGGUCACUCCGCUCGCUUCCCCUCCUCCCACCAGCGGGCACAGCCGCAACAACGGCGCUCGGUCGGGGGCGAGCCAUCGUCCUCCAACCACCCCCGCCACGGGGGCUGUCACGGCGCAUGUUCCUCCUCCCGGGCGAGCCGACCAGACCGCCAUGUCCAACGGAGCCGCCGACCCUCGAGCACCACCGCCGCGCAAUCCCGCUGCCCAAGUGGACGUUCCACAGCUGCGUGGACGCGGAACUACCGUCGUCACCGCCACUGGCACUAUCAGGAGCCAGGCGACAGUGCGGUCAACGUCAUCAACAUCUAUGCCAAGCACAACUACGGAGGCCAUGGGGCGAGCUCAGCUACUACUGAGGUUUCCACCGGCAGCUGAGCAGAUGGAUGAAUGGUGUGCCACCAUCCAGAGCUUGCUCGGUUUCGCUUAG